AUGCCUGGCAAAACGACUACCAAGCCUCGCAUCACGAAGUUCACCAACUGUCGCCUAGUGCGCGGAGCUUCGCUGGUGAUCGAUCUUGGUGGCCGUAUCCUGGCCCCCGGUCUGAUAGAUGUUCAACUGAAUGGUGCCCACGGCUUUGACUUCUCUGUGCCCUGCGACACCAAGGAGCAAUACGACGAGGGAUUGCGCAUGGUCAACCGCGGCUUGGCCCGAAGUGGUGUUACUUCAUACCUCCCCACGCUAGUGAGCUCCACUCCGGAAGUUUACUGGAAGGUUCUUCCUUCUUUGGGCCCUACUGGCGCUACCCACCAGCCUGAAGACGGCGCUGAGUCACUUGGUGCUCAUGCCGAGGGACCUUUCAUUAGCCCCGGUCGUAAUGGAAUCCACAAACCAGCCGUUCUCCGUGCUGCCGAAAGCUUCGAAGAUCUGGUCUACUGCUACGGCAAGGACAAUCUUUCCGCUGAUUCCCCUAUCAAAAUGAUUACCGCCGCCCCCGAGGUUGGUAAGAUGAUGGAACAAAUCCCCGAGAUCGCCAAGCGCAACAUCAUCUAUUCCAUCGGCCAUUCAGACGCCACCUACGAGCAAGCCGUUGCCGCCACCCACCAGGGUGCUCGCAUGAUCACCCACCUGUUCAACGCCAUGCGUCCCUUCUACCACCGCAACCCAGGUAUCUUCGGUGUACUCGGCCAGAGCGACCGCCGCCGGCCUUGCUACGGUGUCAUUGCCGAUGGUAUUCACCUGCAUCCAACCUCCAUCAAGAUCGCCUACAACGCUUACCCAGACGGCUUGAUCCUCGUGACCGAUGCGAUGCGCUUGUGCGGUCUUCCCGAUGGUGUGUACGACUGGACCAACGGUGAGCGGAUCGUCAAAACUGGCGCUCGCUUGACUCUCGAAGGAUCGGACAAAAUCGCUGGAAGCUCUGCCACUCUCAUCGAAUGUGUCAAUAACUUCCGUCGCUGGUCUGGUUCUUCCACAGCGGAAGCUAUUAACGCUGCUACCGCUGUUCCAGCUCGUCUGUUAGGCUUGGAAGGUGUUAAGGGCUCGCUCAGCAGUGGCGCUGAUGCUGAUCUGGUGGUCCUCGGUGAGGUGGAUGAUCCAUACUCCGGCCUGACCCUCACAGUUGACCAGGUCUGGAAGUUAGGUGUGAAAAUCCAUGAUAAUGAGAAGGCCGUCGCAGCAUGA